UUUUUUUUGUGUGUGUGUGUGUCUCGUGAACGCAGCUCGUGAACAUCACGCAGGUAACGUUAACGGAUAUCGUUUAAUCCAGCUAGCGGAGCUAGCGGAGGCUAACUAGCCAGCUAGCUCUGACUUCAACAUCGCUCCGAGUUUUUUUCCGCUUCAGACACAUUUCCUCUCAACACGCUGCUAAUAAACCACGAAGACACUUCAGUCCUGGUUGUGUACACGUGUACUGAGCCGGACACACACGUACAACCAGCAGGCUGACGUGAAUUGUGACCUUGUUAUAGCCUGCUAACUGUUAGCUGUUAGCUGGACCAGCUGACAGGAAAUCCUCAUCUUAAAGCAGCUGGACUGAUGCUGUUCGUCCAGCAUCUGGAUUGAAGACUGAUCUGACUUUGGCCCGGCUCUUCUACUGCUGACACUCGUGUUGCUGCCAUGUCCAGACGAAACAGGAACAGCCGUGCGUGGAGAUACGUAUGGGGUGGGAUACGGCGGGAUGCCGAUGCCCGGGCGCUUGUGUUGGCCUCGGAGAGUGAAGAAUGGAGCUAUGACCGCCUAGAGUACAGUGAUUCAGACUCCGAGGCAGACUUUUCAGCAGUGAUGGUCCCUCCGGUCCCCAGCGCAGUGCCUGUCACCGGAGAGUCCUACUGUGGUUGCGAUUCCCAGGCUGAGACCAACUACAACCCUCGCCUGCGAGGCUUCCACCAAGUGAAAGACUGCCACUGUGGAGAGGACGACCAAGAGUUCGACUGGGUUUGGGAUGCCAACAGCCGGUCGACGGCGACAUUACUGAGCUGCGACAAUCGCAAAGUGAACUUCCACUCUGAAUACAGCUGUGGUACAGCAGCUAUCCGUGGCUCCAAGGAGCUGGCUGAAGGGCAGCACUUUUGGGAAAUCAAGAUGACGUCCCCCGUGUACGGAACAGACAUGAUGGUUGGCAUCGGUACUUCUGAUGUCAAUCUAGACAAAUACAGGCACACGUUCUGCAGCCUGUUGGGAAAAGAUACAGACAGCUGGGGUCUUUCUUACACUGGCUUGUUGCAUCAUAAAGGAGACAAGAUGAACUUCUCCUCCCGGUUUGGACAGGGGUCCAUCAUCGGAGUCCAUCUGGACUUGUGGCACGGCACACUCACGUUCUUCAAGAAUCGCAAGUGUAUAGGUGUUGCUGCCACAGAGCUACAGAAUAAGAGGUUUUAUCCGAUGGCGUGCUCCACAGCAGCGAAGAGCAGCAUGAAGGUGAUCAGAUCCUGCUCCGCGCCCACCUCCCUGCUCUACCUUUGCUGUGCUCGCCUCCGCCAGCUGCUGCCGGACUGUAUGGACACCUUGGACGUGUUGCCACUGCCACCGGGCCUUCGUCAGCUGCUCCACAACAAACUGGGUUGGGUGCUCAGUCUAAACGGUGGCGCCACAGAAGAAACCCCAGACGGGCCCGAGCGUCCCUCACGCUUGCCUGUACCUCCCUUGGCUGGACCGUCCUCCUCUGAGAGUGACUCGGAGGGUUGCACGUCUGACCCCGAAGCCUGUCAGAGGAAGAGAUGCCGCUGGACAUGACUGGACGGCUCAAAUCCUACCUCCUCUUAAACACUGGUAGACGAUACUGUCCUACGGCGUCUAAGCUGGUGUUUCUUACCUGCCUCAAGCUUUCCUCAGCAUCAAUGUUGUUCAGUAGUGAAGAAAAUAACCAGGAUCGGAGUGGGUACAUAGGUGGAAAACUGUGACAGCAGUAUUCCUGCCUGCACGUCUUUUACUGUGAUCUUCUCUCAUGCCAUUCAGACGUCUUCAUGCUUCAUGAUCAUACAACCGGUAUCCAAACCAGCUUCCGUGAUUCUGUAAGUGAAAAGACGUGGUGUUAUUUUGUUAGCUAGCAUAACUUGUUGCCAUGUUGUUUAUGGGGAUUAGUGACAUGAUGCAGGGACGGACUGUACAGUGCAACACUGAAGUCACCCGAUGGCCAAAUUUUGGUGGUCAUCAUGGUAUAAAAGGGGGGGUUUCAAAAAAAGAGAGAGACUGUAUAUUUUCUGUGUCUUCAUCUUGUAUGCAAAUAAUGUAUAUUGUUCACGACCUAAAAUGCAAUCAGUGCAUUAUCAAAGUAAUCUGUUACCUGUUUUAUUAACAUCUGCAAUUUUCUGUUCGGUUGCCAAAGUGGGAAUCAGUGCGACAGACAGGAAGUGACACACCAUAGGUCAUAUUAUCUGUUACUAAGCCACAGGUUACAGUAAAAACAUUUUUCGGGUAUAUUCAGACAAGAUCAGGUGCUGCGGGCGAAGUAACGCAGGGUUGUGUCUAUUUGUGUUGAAUGUAACUGCCGUGCAACAAUCAGGAAAUUACUUUUUAUUUUGCCGAUUCACUGGCUUUAUCGAUGCCGUGCUCCCUCACUCUCAUUCGCUGUCUUUGUCACUCAACCACUGCUCUCUCAAACCGUUGGGACACAAACCAAAUUAAACUUCUUUGUGUCUCUGUUUUGCAGCCUAAAUUGCGAGUCAGACUCAGAACAGAACACAACAGGUAGAGAGUUUAGUCCAUGAAUCCACCUGGAUAGUCUCAGUUUCAGAGACAUUUCAGGCUGACCGUGGAGGUUUGAUCGGUCUAACCGAUUGGCAGCUGUUUUCUACAAAUCCAGCGCCACUUCACUGCAUUUUUUUGGCACCAAAAAAUGCACUACCCCAACUCAAAUUCAUAAAAAAAUGCAUUUUUACUGCAGUGCCUGAUCCUGUCUGAACGCACCCUUAGAAGGAUUAAAAAUCCAGGAAAUGUUAGAAGGAGGUUAAAUAAACCUGAAUGUACUUUGGAGCGGCUCAUACGCGACAUGAUUCCUCAUCAGAUAAUUCUUGUUUCUUGAGAAACUUGGGAAAAAAAAAAAAAAAAAGAGUCAAAUAUUUGUUACGUUUACUUCAACAUCCAUCUGUCACCAGCUUUUCAAAGUCUCCUGUUUAUGAACUAAACUAUGGAUUUCUCGUUUUCUAAAAUAAUGUAAGCGGUAUACGUCGUUAUUUAGUGUAGAUCUUUUAAAUCGGAUCACUCAGAAGAGACUGCCACACAUUUUAAGUAACUUUUCAUCGCUGUUACAUCUCCAUCGGUUUUUAGAACUUUUUACUCGCUUUGAUUGACAAAAUAUGAGAUUAUGAGCAGUUUUAAUGUUUUUUGUACUUUAUGCAAGGGUGUCUGUUGUUGUUUUUUUUCCCAAGGCUUUGUUCCAUCACAUCUUUUACUCCUCUUGACUCUUCAAGGUCGUACUCUACUCUGAAUCUUUUUAGCAUCAAACACUCAGCUCCUGUUGACUGAAAAGAUGCCUGUAGAGUUAUUCACAGCAGAAAGACUUCUCACAGUGCCCCUGCAGCGUAGCCGACCUCUCAGCUCUCUGUGUGUACAUAUAGUACUUUUUUAAUGUGGCUAAAACACAGUUUACAUGUUACACUACUCAUUCUGACUAAAGCUGCAGCCAUAUUCUGGCGUAAGUACAUAUUUUAGAAUAUAUUGAACACAUGUAAAGGCGAGUAGAGAGGUAGAUCAUGCUGCAGGAGUGAUGUUUUGAUGCUCUACAGACAUUUUAAGGCCUACAGAUGCUGAGUGGUGCAAGAUCAAUUUAAAUGAUCAUGAAUGACCUAGGAGCAGGGCAUUACCCCUGGGUUAGAUAUGUAAGUAAUUUUUCUUUAGAGUAUAAAAAGCAUAACAAUAUAUACGUAUUAAAGUAGUGUUUGACCCAGGUUCUGCCUCACAUUCUCUCCUCAAGGUCUUGAUUUAAGUAGACGUACACAGAGACUUAAGGUACUAUGCAAUACAAGCAUCUUAUGUGAUGAUGGGUGUUUUAGGAUGUUAUGAUGGAGGCAUAUAGACACAAAGACAGCGAUGAAGGUACCAGAGGACCAUGCUCAUUCGUCAUGAGUAGUUCGACAUGACACACUUAAUUCUGUCCAGUUGUGUAAUGAUUUAUCCGAUUUAUCCCAAUAAAUCUUGUUAUGACGUUACCACCACAACAUUAGUUGUAGUCCAGCAGAUGAAUUUUACGUCUUAUUUCACAGUAUUUGUCUUCACGUUGAUGCAUCCAAGCACUUUUUCUUACUGUUAUACUGUAAAUAUGAAACGAUUCUAAAUGUUUCUUCUAUAACAUGUCAUAUUAAUAAUACUGUAUGUGAAGGCCUUUACUCGCCUUUUUCUGUAUAACUUAUCAGCAUGAUUUUCAGCUGAAAAUAAAAUGAAUGCUAAAUAUG